AUGGAAGCAUCUUCUACACCCAUUCGUGCAAAAUCUAGUUCUGUAAAUGUCUUUGAUAUCACGGAUAGUGACGAUCCAAAAUCUAGUCCUGUAAAUGUAAUUGUUAUCACUGAUAGCGACGAUGAACCUGCUCUUUCUCACAACAUUUCACUUUCAACAUGUUUUGGAGAAGUAAAAGGAAAGAACUUGGACAACAAUCAUUCUCAAAACAAUGAGGAAAAUUUGGACUUUGGUGAAGAUAUCUUAUUUUCUGCAAAUACCAAGAGAAAACGAAAUUCUAAUGUCGUUAUGAGUGAGUCUGAAAGUGAUCAUGAUGAUGAUGAUGAUGAUAUGAACAACUCUCUAACUACUGCUAAUUUAGAGGUUGACAAGGUUGUUGACACUCAAAGGCCAAGGCGCCGUCUACAGACUCUAAGGAAACUCGAAAGCAAAAGUCAGAAUGAUGAAAUAUCUUCAGGUAGACAUCAUAAGGGUAAGCAUCUGCAAAGUAUUCCAACAAAUGAUGAUGAUGAAUUAGAAGAGGAUUCGACAUACAGUGAGGAAGGAAACAAUAUUGAUUUUAUUGGUGAUGAUUUUGAUGCAUCUGAUUGUGAAGACAUGUCUAAUAAUUCACUAGAUGGGUCUAAUAGUGACGCGGAAUCUAAUACGAGUAACAAGAAUUCUAAUUUUCAAGAUGUAUCUGAUAUGCAAGGUAGUCAAUGUAAUUCUCUGUCAACGUGUUCUGCAGCAGAAAAGGGAAAGAAUUUGUACUCCAAUUAUGAUCAAAGCAACGAGGAAGAUUCUGAUUUUGUUGAAGAUCUCUUAUGUGCUGUAAUUCCGAAAAGGAAACGGACUCGUAAUGUCUUUAUUAGUGAGUAUGAAAAUGAUGAUGAUGAUAAACCGAUUAGUAAACUUAUAAGGAAUCGUGUUCAGGAAAGAAGUGCUGAUGAGUUAGUAAAUGUUGUUGAUGAUGAUGGUGAUGAUGGUGAUGAUGAUGAUGAUGAUAUGCUGAUUAGUCAACUUGUAAGGAGGAAGGAAGAGAGUAGGCGCCGCCGUCGAAGGCCUCUAAGAAAAUGUGUAACCAAAAGUCAUGAUGAUAAGGUCAACUAUCAGCAAAGUAUUCCAACAAAUGAUGAUGCUGAAUCAAUAGAGGACUUAUCACAAAGUGAGGAAGGAAACUCGAAAGGUUUUAUUGUUGAUGAUUUUGAUGUAUCUAGUUGUGAAGUCACCUCUAGCAAGUCACAAGAUGGAGGACAUAAUGGUGAUGUCGACUCUGAUUUGAAUAACUUACAAGAUUUACAAGAUCAUAGCAAGGAUUCUGAUUCGAGUGAUGCAUCUGACGAGGGCAUUAACUUAAGUAAGAUAUAUUCCAAAAUUCAGAGGAAAAAGAAGCACAAAAUUAAGUGGGAAUCGGAGGUUGAUAUGUGUGCUGACUUCGGAAAGGAUCAAGUGUUAUGUAUGAAGGCUGUAUGUGUUCUUUUUCGACAGCAAACUCCUGAGGAGCAGACGAACUUUGUAACAUUGAACCGCAACGGGCGUGGAUUUAGCUCUUUUGAUGCUGACAGAGGCAGUACUUUAGCUUAUUUCCUCACUGGUGGCAAUCCUUAUGGUGGAUUAAAGAAGACUGUAGAGGAAUUACAAAAAUUUGACUCCGAAGGAGUUGAAACUUGCGAAACACUUGCUUUUAACUACUCAAAACAACUACAUGAAAUUUUCAAGAACAAAGAGGAUCCAUUUUUCCCUUGACUAUCA